AUGACCAAGACGGUCGUGAUUCUCGGGGGCGCCUAUGGCGGCCUCCAUGUCGCCCACGCGCUUCUCAAGAAAGCCGACAAGGACCUGAAGGUCAUUCUCGUGUCCAAGAGCACGCACUUCUACUGGAACAUGGCCUCCGUCCGGGCCAUCAUCCCGGGCCAGAUCAAGGACGAAGCCAUCUUCAAACCUCUUGAGAGCGCGCUGUCCCGCUAUGCGAAGGAGUCCUGGGACCUCGUCAUUGGCACGGCUACGGCGGCCGACUUUGAAGGCAAAACAGUCCAGGUCACGCUCGCCGACAAGACGACCCGCAGCGUCUCCUAUGACCAACUGGUCCUCGCCACGGGCGCCCGCUCGGCCGCGCCGCACACCCCCUGGAAGGACUUGGGCAGCUACGACGAGACCGUCAAGAGCCUGCACGAGACCGCCGCCCGCGUCAAGGAUGCGCAGCACAUCGUGGUCGGCGGCGCGGGCAGCACGGGCGUCGAGGUCGCCGGCGAGCUGGGCUACGAGUACGGCAAGAGCAAGAAGAUCAUACUGCUGUGCUCGGGCGAGAAGAUCCUGGGCGGCGACAGCGUCGCGGCCGCGGCGACCAGCGAACUCAAGAAGCUCAACGUGGUCAUUAAGUACGGCGCCCGCGUGGCCGAUAUCACGACGACGCCCGACGGCAAGACGGCCGUCAUGCUCGCCGACGGCGAGACCAUCACGACCGACCUGUACCUCCCGACCGUGGGGCUCGUCCCCAACACCGACUACGUCCCCGCCCGCUACCUCAGCACCGCGGACCCGAACUACCGUACCGUCGUCGUGGACGAGUACCUGCAGGUCAAGGACGCGCCGGGCGUGUGGGCGUGCGGCGACGUGGUCAGCAAGCCGCGCGCCGGGUUCAUGAUCACGCAGAAGCAGGCGGCCAGCGUGGCCAAGAAUGUGGAUGCGGCGCUGGCGGGCAGAGAGCCGCUUGUUGCGAAGGGCCUGCCGAUGGAUAUCUAUGCCUGCUCGGUUGGGCGCGACAGGGGUGCCGGCCGGAUUGGCUCGAUCAAGCUGCUCAGCAUCAUGGUUUGGCUGGCCAAGGGGCGCAACCUCGGAGUGCCGAGGGCGCAGGGGUAUGUCGAUGGGAGUGUUGCGUAGACGGGGAGUUGGAGGGGUAUAACCAAAGCACGGGCUAGAACGGCAGGGUUUUAGUUGGGUUGUUGGCGGUCGGGGCAGGUGUACCAGGUAGCUUAUUAAUGGCGGAAGAGCUUCCCGUAGAUUACCGUUGAUGUACCACACCGAAGCAGUUAAAGUCGUCUCAUUAGUAAUGAAGCAUAGCCCACU